AAGCUUCGGCUCGAGAUAAGCCUAGCGCUUGCGAGAUCCAUGUUCCAUGUUUUGCUGAUCCCGGUGGCCCUGGCAGCGGAAGUGCUGAUCGAUGCCCAGGGUGGCCUGCACGGAAGCGUCGGUGGGGUCAGCGUGGCGUUUGAGGAGCCCAAGAAAGAUGCAACAGGCAAGAUCGUGUGCCCCGUGAGCGACCGGGUACCUUUGGGGGACGCUUGCGAAUGUGAGGGGGCCAGCUGCGAGAAGGAGAAGUACUGCUACAGCCUGGACGACAGCAAGCCCAGCUGCAUGGAAGAGCCCAGGAUCGAUCCGUCUUUGCUGGAUUGGCACGGUGUGACCAAGCAAGGGCCCGUGGACGGCCGGGACACUGGUGCCGUGACGGGCCGGAAGUUCAAGUUCUACAAGAAGUCGGAGACGAGUGGACUCCGGCUUUUCUAUUCGGACAACCUCAGGGUCCAUGGUGGGACCAAAGUGGCCUCUGGCCGUUGGGAGAUCAGGAUCGAUGGCAAGGACUGUCCCAGCGGAAAGGUUGUCCAGGACCUGUACGUGCACGCGCAUCACAACCCCCAUCGUGUGAGAGGCUUCGGUGGGUACUGCACCGGCGUUGGCAAGGGCGAACAUGAGGUUACGGUGUUCGUGAACCCAACCCCCGGGUAUAGCACCUACGACAUCUACACGGGAUGGAGGGGUUGGUACGACCCGCAGCACACCUGGCACCUGGAGGCCCAAGAGGUUCCAGAGGACUAUCCCUACUACAGCCACGUGAAGGGCUGCAAGAUAGACGGCCGCGACACCGGGGUUGUGGAUGGGCGCACGUUAAACUUCAAGAAGAAGCAAGCGGACAGCCGCGUGCGGCUCUUCUUCUCGGACACCCUCCGGGCCCACUCCGCGGGGUACUGCGCUUGCCGAUGGCAUGUGACCAUUGACGGGAAGGAGUGCCCAUCUGGCCCGAUGAUUGGAGAUGUCUACAUCCACGCCCACGAGAACUCUCACCGGCCAAGAAGCUACAUCGGCUGGUGCGAGGGCCUGAGCGCGGGGAAUCACAAGGCAGAGGUCGUGGUGUCCACUACGCCGGGAUAUUCGAACUGCGACUGCUACACGGGCUGGCACCCAUCAGGCGCCCACUACUUGCUGGAGGCUGAGGAGAUCCCGAAGCACUACAAGAUGGUGCAUUACGUACGAAGCACCAACCAGAACGGGGAAGACAAGGGCUACCUGCCCAACCACAAGCUGAGCUUCACAAAGCAGCACUCAGACACAAGGCUUCGGCUCUUCUACAGCGACAACCUCCGGACCUACAGCGCCCACCAUAACUGCGUCUGCCAUUGGGAGAUCCACGUCGACGGGAAGAAAUGCCCUUCCGUGGAAAUCUUCGGCCAGGUGUAUGUGCAGCGCUCGCGCCACCCCACCUACGAGGACGUGAACCCUCACCGCCCCCGGAGUUUCGCGGGCUUUUGCGAUGACGUCGCGGAGGGCGAUCACUCGGCGCAGAUCCACCUGAAGGCCGUGGGCCCCGCCUGCGAUUGCUACACCGGCUGGAAGGACAGUCCUGCCAAGAAGGGCUCGGCGGGUACUUUGGAAGUCCACGAGUUUUGGCGGCCCUGCUCGGAGGGUACCUCGGAGGGAGCGUGCAAGAAGCCCAAGUGCUAUUGGAACACCAAGGAGAAGAAGUGCCUGGACCUCGUGGAGUGCCCGGGGAGCGACAAGGUGGCGGUUGGCACAGACUGCCGCUGCGGAGAGGAGGAGGCGGCCAAGGGCAAGUACUGCUACGAGGACAAAACGGUCAACGAAGGGGCUAAGGUGGCCGAGAAGAGCGGGGCUCUCCUGGCGAGCGCGGCAGGCAUUCCUCUUCUGAGCCUUGCGCUGGCCUUCUGAGCUCGCCCCCUUUUUCCCUCGCCUGGCGCGCGCGCGCUCGCUCCAUCACGUGAACCUUGUGCACCCCAACAUCGGGGCGCCGAAAUCCGGGUGAGUGGAUCCCUUUAAGCCUCUUCUUGAGUAGACUUCCUAAACGCCGCGGCCGAACAAGACAAAAACCAAUCCCAUCCGUGGCGUUCUUGUGGCGCCGCCCGGCCAAAUCUUGGCCGGGAGAAAUUGAGCAAGCUGUGCCCUGGCCGCUGUCAGACGCCCAGGCGGUUCCGAAGGUCCGA